UCCGUCCUGGAGAACCGGGAUGCUGCUCCGCUGAUGUCCUCCGGGAGAACCGCGGACUGUGUCGGUGAACUCGGUGGAAGAUCCGCUCAGCGCGGCGCGGGGAGCUGCGUGACCGGCCGAGGAGCCUCUGGAGGCGGACACAGCGCCACUCAUUCCGCGGCUGCGCUGUGACCUGCGGGGGGCGCUGUGACCUGCGGGGGGCGCUGUGACCUGCGGGGGGCGCUGCGGCACCAUGAGCGGCGCGGCGCUCGGCCUGGAGAUCGUCCUGGUCUUCUUCUUGGCUCUCUUCCUGCUGCAUCGCUACGGAGACUUCCGGAAGCAGCAGCGUAUGGUUCUGUUCGGCACGCUGCUGGCCUGGUACCUGUGCUUCCUCAUCGUCUUCAUCCUGCCGCUGGACGUCAGCACGACCAUCUACAGGCAGUGCAUCGAAGACCAUGAGGAACACCUUCCUGUGUCCACCGUCAGCCCGACCAACCGGACCGGGCCCGGUGGGCCCAACCCGCCCAACGCCAGCAUGGCUCCGACCAGAAGGACCGUCCCGUCGCCGUGCCACCGGCCCUGGAGCUUCAUCCCUGAAGGCAUCAUGCCCGUGUUCUGGAGGGUGGUGUACUGGACCUCUCAGUGCCUCACCUGGCUGCUGCUGCCCUUCAUGCAGUCGUACGCUCGCUCUGGAGGGUUCUCCAUCACCGGGAAGAUCAAGACGGCGCUCAUCGAGAACGCCAUCUACUACGGCACCUACCUGCUGAUCUUCGGCUCGCUGCUCAUCUACGUGGCGGUUCAUCCCGACUGGCCUCUGUCCCACCUGUCCUGGUACGAGCUGCAGACCAUCGGCAUCACGGCGGCCAACACGUGGGGCCUGUUCCUGCUGGUGCUGCUGCUGGGCUACGGCCUGGUGGAAAUCCCGCGCUCCUACUGGAACGCCUCGCGCCACGGACACCUGCUGAUGAAGACCUACUUCAAGGCCUCCAAGCUGAUGACGGAGAAGGCGGACGCCGAGGAGAACCUGGAGGACGUGAUGGAGGAGGUGAGGAAGGUCAGCGAGUCCAUCAAGUAUAACCAUCCGCUCAGGAAAUGCAUCGACACCAUCCUGAGGAAGUGUCCCGUGGACUACCAGGAGAAGAUGGGUCGGAACAUGGACGACUACGAAGACUUUGACGACAAGCAGAACUCGUACCCGACCGAGAAGAGUCUGGUCAAGCUGCACAAGCAGGUGAUCUACGCCGUGCAGAGGCACAACCGGACCCGGGUCCAGUGGCAGAUCCUGCUGCAGCAGGCCGUCCACCUGGAGGACGUGGCCAAGAACGAGACCAGUCUGAGCCACCAGUUCGUCCACAGCUUCCAGUCCGCCGAGCCGCCGGGCCGCUUCAGCCGCUACGUCUACACGCCGACCGUAGAGUGGUACUGGGAAUGCCUCCUGAAGUGCUGGUUCUACCGGCUGGUGUCGGUGGUUCUGACCCUGUUCAGCGUGGCCGUGGUCUGGUCCGAGUGCACGUUCUUCAGCACCCGACCCGUUCUGUCGCUGUUCGCCGUCUUCAUCCAGCUGGCAGAGAGAGACUACAACUACCUGUACAUCGAGAUGGCGUGCUUCAUCACCAUCUUCUUCCUCUGCACCUGCGUUUACUCCACCGUGUUCCGGGUCCGAGUCUUUAACUAUUACUACCUGGCCUCCCACCACCAGACCGACGCCUACAGCCUGCAGUUCAGCGGCAUGCUGUUCUGCCGUCUCACUCCUCCUCUCUGCCUGAACUUCCUGGGUCUGAUCCAUAUGGACUCGGCCAUCUCCCACCAGCAGAAGCUGCCCACGGCCUACACCUCGAUCAUGGGCUCGAUGCGCGUUCUGUCUUUCAUCGCCAACGGCUUCUACAUCUACUACCCCAUGCUGAUCGUCAUCCUCUGCAUCGCCACCUACUUCAGUCUAGGAACGCGCUGCCUGAACCUCCUGGGCUUUCAGCAGUUCAUGGACGACAGCGAGAUGACCUCUGACCUCAUCGACGAGGGAAAGGAGCUGAUCCGACGCGAGAGGAGGAAGAGGCAGCGGAUCGAAGACGGAGAGAACCGACGGAGAGAGUGGAAGGAGCGCUACGGCAACCAGAGGGAGGACUUGGCUCCGAGGAACCGGAGCAGCCACGAGAUGAAGGAGACCAAUUACUCCGAGUCCAGCAGGGACAGACAGGUGAAGUAUUCUCGCUCUGCCGGCCGGGCGGAGAGGGACCGCGUCGAGCUGCUGCAGGACGCCGAACCGCUGGACUUCAACGCCGACGCCCUGACAGACGACGGCCUGGAGGCCGAGGCCGGCAGGCAUGCAGGCGGACGCUAUCUCUCCAUGUCUUCGUCUCGGAAUCGGAUAUUUGACGACGUUUAGUGUCUCGGCUGCAGCUUCGCUCCCGCCAUGCAUGCUACCGACCAGCGCGUCUGACCUCUGACCCCCAGGUCAGAGGUCAGCAAUCUGAAGGAUUUUUCUGGUUAUGUGUGAAUGAUGAACCUUCAUCCGGCACUGAUGAAGGUCAUAUUGUACUUUAUUUAUAUUUUAUUUUGUCCCCCAUGUCGGUGUUGUCAGUUAAUUUCGUAGUGAAAUCCUGAAUGAUUAUAAAUAUUAUAAAUAAUUAUAAAUAAUUUGCACUGACCUGAAAUGUCUGAACUGCUGACUGGAAUCACUGCUUGUCACAUUAAACAGUAACUGGAAGGAUUUUGUUGUUUUAAUGUGGAAAAACUAAAGUUUGGAGGCAUUUAAAGAACAUCAGUGUUUCUGCUGGUUUCAAUAAUUUAUCAAUUCAAAAUCAAUCGCCCUCCUCACUGGCAGCUUCUUCCAUUCACCUCACCUGAAGUUCAGGUAAAACUAAAACUUGGCGCUGAUUUCAGAAGUCUGUACAACACCUGGUUAACUCUAAAACCUGAGUUUUAUUUCAGUCUUGCUGCUUUGUUCAUUCGUUUGUAGCCUGGGAAUAAAACGGGCCGAUCACUCGGCCCUGAGGGACUCCAGGUUCCUGCUCUAAACAUGAAGACACUGCAGAGUAAGAACUGAUUGCAUCUGCUUCAGGAAUUACAAACAGAACGACGCUGAUGAAGGAAAAUUGAUUCAUCACUGUUGUGGAUAAAUGUGUAUAUUAUGUGUUUUUGUAUUCUCUGGGUAAAUUGAUCGUGUGACUUUGUAUUUGCGGCUCCAGCUCCUGGUUUUCCUGGUUUUCCUGGUUUUCCUGGUUUUCCUGGUGAUGUGAAGUCUGGACUGUUUCUCACUUUGGUCUCUGAAGCUUCAGUUGUAAACGCAAAUGUUCAGUUUCCUCUGCUAAGCGUGAAAAUAAAAACUGGUUCAUGCUGAAAAGACGCA